AUGGAUACAAUAAUAGAAGAGCCCCACAAUGAAAGGGCCCAAAUUCAAGACAUUGGUAUUGUGGAUGCCACUGAUUGGGGUACACAUUCUGAUCAAAUUGUUAAUCCUACUCUUCUGUAUAUUGCGGUUGAAUAUGUGAAGGACUACAAAGCAGAUGAUCCAAAUGGAGUCAUUACAUCCCAAUCUGAAGUAUUUUCCGAUUUUGACUCCCAUGUUAGCCCCCUUGACCCAAAUAUGGGCUCUGUUGCAGAUUAUAGUUCUGUCUUUAACGAGUCUUCAGCUGAUUAUAACCCUGUUGUAAUACACCAGCUGAUUACUCAAGAUGGCACUGUACAAAAUGAGCAAUAUAUCAGUAGCAUAAAUCCUUCCCUUGACGCCAUAUCUACUGUGCUCUGCAAUAAUAAUAUUAGAGAAGUUAAUAGUGAUUUUUUACAAAUGGUCAAUCAAGACGAUGCUGAUAUUGUUAAUAGUGCUAAUGCUGAUUCUAUGUUGGUUCCAAAACGGGAACAAAAAGUUGAGCUUUUGAUCACAGAUGAGACUACAGGGAUCUCAUAUAGUGUCGACGCACAAGAAUUACUAGUAGAACCCUGCCUUCAAGAUGACCAAAGACUAUUAGACGCCCUUGCACCGGAUCCCAUCCUGGAAUCGGAUCUUCUCACUUUAGAUGACAGAACUUUGAAGUCAGAGCUAAACGAUGACAUAGAUAUGUGCCCUAGCGAAAUGGCAACUGUAAAUGCUGAAGCCGUAAAUAAUUACAUCAAUAAUUUAUCUGAAGCCGAACUUGGCAAAACUAACGCUAUAAGUUCAUUCAAAAUGACGACCAGAUCGAAAUAUAUAGAUCCGGAAGAGCAGUUAUUGUCAUGUGUGUACAGUAUUACAGAUAAACCUGUAUUGACGAGAGCUAGGGCUUCGCUUCCAGAAUCAUAUUUGACCCUAACUAAAGUCGAUAAAGAGGAUGCAGUUUUUGCAAAAAAGACCAUUCCAAAGAGAACUCAAUUCGGACCGCUAGAAGGGGUUCUUGUUCCGGUAACAAGUGAUGACGCUGUGCUUUUAAAAAAUUCGGAAGAAAACAAUUUGAUGUAUCUUGUAAAAACAGAUAACACUUUCUGUAGGAUUGAUGCUGCAGACGAAAACACGUCGAAUUGGAUGAUGUUUGUCAGAAAGGCAACGACGUAUGAAGAACAAAAUUUAGUGGUAACACAAGAAGACAACGGUAUUUAUUUCACCACAACAACUGUCAUCCUGCCAAAACAAGAGUUGAGGGUAUGGUACAGCAAGGUGUAUGCAGAUUUCUACGAUCUACCAAGGCUACAACCGAAACAAGACUUCUGUUGGCCUUGCUACGAAUGUAGCCUCAUAUUCAAUUCCUCCAAUGAGCUGCAGAAACAUCUCGAUACGCACGAUAAGGAGAAAGACGAGAACGUCAAACCGAAGAAGAAGAAACUGUUUUUCUUCAAGAAGUUUCAUAACGAAGCCGUCGAAUGUCAAAUCUGCUACGAGACCUUUUUCCAAUGCAAUCACAACUUUUUGAAACAACAUAUCCUACAUAAGCAUCAGCUGGCAAAAGGAACCGUCGAGGAAUGUUUCGUUGCAAUUACUAUUUACAAAUGCAAUACAUGUACCGCCAGCUUUAAGUCGGAAAGUUUGUUAAAAAUUCACAGCUUUAAGCACGAUCCUGACACCUCGGAGGAACUAAUGAACCACGUAUGUCCUGACUGUCAAAAGAAGUUUCCCACACAACGUCAAUUGGUGUUACACGUAAUGCAACACGCCGUCAUCAGUGCCACGCAACCGAAGAAGAAUAAAUGUACAAUUUGUUAUAAGAUUUUUUCGCAUCCAGAUCGUCUACUGAGACAUAUGGUAGUACACGGCUCGGACGAGAACAAGCCAAUACAAUGCAAGACCUGUAACAAACGAUUCCUGAACAAUUCGGCUCUGUCGUGCCACCUUAAAACGCACAGUGUCGGCAAAAAAGUAUUCGAAUGCCCGAUCUGCAAAGAACGCUUCGACCACGUACUCAAACUAAAACUGCACGUGCCCAGCCACUGCCAUAACAACACGUUCACUUGUCCGCACUGCAAGAAGGUCUUCAAAAAAUAUAGCAUCGUCAGAAAGCACAUCAGAGCCUUCCACUGCGACGUAACGCACGAUUGUCCCGAUUGCGGCAAGCGGUUUCCCUCCUUGGACAAGUUGAAGGUGCAUUUACUCAGACAUUCCGAUCACAAAGAGUUUCUUUGUGCCAAUUGUGGCAAACAAUUUAAAAGAAAGGACAAGUUGCAAGAGCACUGCAAGAGGAUCCAUUCCGAGGAGAGAGAAAAUACGAUUCCGAAGUUGAAGCACGUUAAAAAGAUCAAGAAGUUUAUGCCGAGGGUCGAACCCACUGAUUUUCACAGGUUUAUAUAUAAAUGUCACAGCUGCAUGGUGGGAUUCAAGAGAAGAGGUAUGCUGGUCAAUCAUUUAGCGAAAAAACACCCCGACAUUCCUCCCGAUUCGGUACCAGAGCUGAAUCUACCAAUUUUACAAACCACGCGGGAUUACUAUUGCCAAUACUGCGACAAGGUCUACAAGAGCAGCUCCAAAAGAAAGGCGCACAUCCUAAAGAACCACCCAGGCGCCGCUUUGCCGAUGAGCAACAGAAAGCGAGGUGCUUCCCUACAAGAAGUGUCCGGUCUUCCCAACCCGACUUUCUCCCAGACCGUGGGCAGCAUCACCACCAGGCCGCAGAACUGCAUGUGGUGCCACAAACAAUAUGCCAGCAAGGCCAAACUAUUGCAGCACCAGAGAAAGAAACACCGCGAUCUGUUGGGUAACGAAGUGCAAUGUAAGGAGGAGGAAGUCCCAGUUGUUGCUGAUAGCAUCGAACAGAAAAAGGACAGUAGUGACGACGUAGCUGAGUUCGAGAAAGUUGUGGAAAAUAUGAUCAGCGGCGAGUUGGUGGAUUACAGCUUGGAGGAAGGGACUCAGUAUUGUCAUUUGGCGAUUAGUGAGGCUGAGAGUUUUAUUGAGGCUAGUGAAUUGGAAAAUCCGAAUUCUCAGUUGUAUCGACUUUUGACGACUGCAAAUAAUGGAAUGUUACCACCUCGUUGA